CACAAAAUUUAAAUCUUGAAAAGUUAGGUUAACCUCCAAUAACAUACAUACUCAUUAAUAAAAUAACUAAAUACCAAAUUAUUAAAUGUAAAAAGAAGUAUAAUGGAUACUAAUCUAACGAUUUCUAAGGGCAUCUUUGUUUAUAAAACUAAGAAUAUAGCGGACUAUAAAAGGAAAGAUGGAACGGACAAUGUCUUCGCAGAUCAAUUAUGGUACCAAUCCUUUAAGUCUGUAUGGACAAAAGUGGAACAGAAAAUCGAAAUCUUGAACGAUGAAAUGUUUACGGGUCUUUUGAAGAAUCUAGUGGACUCUGUAAAAUCAAGCUUCAACGAGAAAGUAACAGAAGUACCGACAAAAACCCUGCUUACAGGUAUAAACAUGCCCGAUCACGUCGCUUUGUUCUCGACUUUGUGUAAGGAGAUAAAAAAAUCGGUUACUCCUCACAUUGCCGUUCUGCACACGGAACAUUGUAGCACCUUGAAAAACCUGGUUGAGAGUGCCGUCGAUCAAUUUGUUAACAAGGUUCACAGCUACGAGAGUGAUGGGGACGAGUUAAAAUCAAAAAUCCGCAAGACCUAUUGCACCUUUGCCUUUUUACAAGCGUGGUACGAGUCGUUACAUGGAUCUACAAACUCAAAACGAAAAACGCGCAGUGUUGCUCAGCCUUUAGUGAUUAUUAUUCCAGAUUUCGAGAAUUUUAAUGAGAAAAGCUUGCAGGAUUUUAUACUGAUAAUAAGUUCCUACUUAAAUGUAUUGCCAAUUAUUUUAAUAUUUGGAAUAGCAACUUCGGUUAAUGCCAUUCAUAGGUCACUGCCGUUUCAUGUGUCAUCGAAAAUUAACAUUCAAGUAUUUAAUACACAGCCAUCACAUUUGUAUUUGAAUCGGAUUAUUGAAAGUGUGCUGCUAACUGAGGACUGCCCCUUUCACAUCGGUGGAAAGGUUUUUCAAUGCUUUACGGAUAUUUUUCUUUACUAUGACCUUUCCGUGCAGAGAUUUAUAAAAAAUUUCAAGUAUGCUAUGCUGGAACACUACUCGGCCCAUUCGAUUAUGGCACUAUGCACAUUUUCACAUAAAGUAAAUAGAGUGGUCGAGCAAUUGAGUGACGAUGAUUUGGCAGCAGUUAAAAGCCUACAAUCCGUUAGGGACCAUAUCGAAGGUUCUGACAAUUUUGAGGAGACACUUAUACAAGGAGUUCAGCAUUUUUAUUCAUAUUUAAGCAUGUUUCAUUUAUAUUUGAAAUGCCUACAUUCGCUAGUUCACAGUUUACCCAACUGCCCGCUUGGGAAACAGGUACGCGAAUUAUAUUCCACAGCAACUUCGGGAGAGAUCACUCAAAGUGAGGGUUACAUAGAAGCAUUUAAGUUACUCGGAUUUCACUCCAAACAGGAACUGACCGAGAAAGUAUCAGGCAUGUGUCUUAUUUUAGAAGAUCAUGACGGCGACGAAAUUCAAGACGUUCUGGCGCAAUUACAGGAACAUUUGGUAAAGUUGGAGGACGCAACAACGGAGGUUGCAGAGGAGCCGAAGCUGGGAGGUGAAUUAAUGCUGUCGGAGAAAAUGAAUCGGUUGCAGCUUAAGCAGAAGCUGCGCGAACUGACUAGGGCACCUAAACAGUUGAGUAACUACGAUAAGGCGCGAGCGGCACUGAUUCAGUAUCUACAGGACGUGUUCGACAAGUACUUAAGACAUCCCAGUUCUGUGCCGUUUUACGAAUUAUUUUUUUUUAAUAAUCUGUCAAUUAGACAGGUCCUCCUGGGUUCUCAUCGAUCUGCAAUUCACACCGCUCUAAAUAAUCCAUCUUAUUACUUUCAUUGUGACUGUUGCAAGUUGACCGAUGAUGGAAGAAUUUCAGCAAGUAUGCCGGAUAUAAGUAUUUUGUAUAAGUUACAUUUGGAGUAUGGGAAAUUAAUUAAUUUAUAUGAUUGGCUGCAGGCGUUUGUGACGAUCGUCGAUCCAUACAUUGACAGUGGUGAAGAGGAUGCCGAGAAUAGGCCUGUUAGUCCGGAGGUUCAUGCACGUUUUAUACAGGGCGUUGCUGAUUUGGAGUUUUUGGGAUUUAUAAAAAGUUAUAAGAGAAAGACUCACGUUGUAAGACUGACAUGGGGUGGUUAAUUUUCAAUAAACGUCACAGUAAUA